CCUCGUCGUUGAUAGUAUAGCUGGGGAUCACCCACCAUCUCUCUCUCUGCUCCAGUUUCAUUCCCUUUCUCUCCUUGUGCUCCGGUCCUUGGUUCCGUCUUUCACCCACCAAACGCGACCAUGGAUCGCAUCACCGAGCCAAAAGAACGUUACAGCCUUCGCAAAGCACUGACCCUCCUGGAACGGGAGAUCAAAGUGUUGAAGGAUACAGAUACACAUAUCCUUGACCAAAGCACGUUGAAACGGUACAGAAUCCGGACUCUGCCUCUAAGUCUCGAUGGCGAUGGCUCUAUGACACCCAGAUUCUUCUCUCCUCUUGUCGCAGACUCCAUCCCGGAGCCUACACCAGAGUAUGUCGACGACGAGUACUCUGCCGAUUCUGCUCUAUGGUGCAGCGAGUGGGGCCGGUCCAUCUACAUGUACCUGGAUGCGUACAUCCGCAAGUUGGCACUGGAAUUUCCCGACAUUUGGCGCGUGUGGUCGUGCAAGGAUAUCGCAGACUACAAUUUCGGGGACCUCUACCGGACAUUCGAGCCCGCAUUUGGCACGUUAUUGAUCUGGCACGUUGCCAAGGCCUCCCAGCCACACAUCCAAUGCAUCAUGGAUAACAAUAUGGAUGUAGGCGAUGACCACUUACUCCGGGGAGAAGUGUUAACCGUCAUUCGCAUUAUGCUGGGUCAACUCAAGCAGAAGGCCUUUGUGAACCAUAUGAUUGCGCCGGUCUUGCUGUUUUCCAUGAACCGACGGCAUCCACGCGUGCUUGAGGCCUACUUUGAUGGUUAUGAGCUGGUGAUACGUCAUACAAAGACUUAUAACUUCACGUUUAUGAAUGUAGCAGGGUUCAAGACCUUCGCGCAAUGGUGGGUGGGCAAUCCGGUUGGUGAUACGACCAAGAGAGGGAUUCGGGCAUUAAAAAUCAUAUAAAUAGAAAAAUGUGUUUUUAAAAUUGCUAACAGGAUACUAUUUAUAAUUAUUUUUUAUU